UGUAAAGAGCGAUAUCCAAUGUACACUUUAAGAGCGUCGAGUCAUUCCUCACAGCGCUUACUGCAUCGCCGUCUACAUCUCCGCGCCAUGUCCGCUCCCGCACUCUGGCGUGCAGACUCGUCUGCUGCUCGCGGCUCUAGCGUCGCACUGUUCAAUGAAUUCUUGCGCUCCACACGUGCAGCAUUGACACAAUCGCCCGCCUCGGUGCACAUUUUCAUGGGUAACGAGGCGGCAGACGCCGAUUCCAUCGUCAGUUCACUGAGUUACGCCUUCUUGCACUGUCAACAGCACUCAGAUACACUGAGUGUACCCGUAUUGCCGAUCCUCAGGAAGGAGUUAGCGCUCCGUUGCGACGUGUCUGCGUUGUUCGAGGAGCUUGGCGUGGACACUAAUGCUCUUGUGUUCGUGGACGAGUUCCCAUGGGAGAUUACCGGUGAGAGCAGAGUGGAAGUCACGCUUAUGGACCACAAUGCACUGAAUAAUAAGAAAAUUCCGCAUAUCAACGACCUUCAGGUGGUAGAGAUCGUGGACCACCACUCAGAUCUUGGUCAACACUUGAACGCAAAGAGAGAAGUGGCUUUUGCCGAUGGUAACGCACUGGUGGCAUCAACGUGCACACUGGUGGCCGAGAAAUUGAAGGAAAUGGAGUCUCAUGAAGUGCAUAAACUACUCUCAACGAUGCUAUUGGGAGUAAUCGCACUGGAUAGUAUCAACUUCGACCCGAGUGCGAAGAAAGUAACACCGAGAGAUAUUAAGGCAGCGGAGAAACUGGAAGAAACGGCGUUUGCGAAGAAAGAAACGCUGUUUAGGUGGCUACAGGCAGAGAAGUUUAAUCCUGCACACUGGGGAAAGUUUAAGCUUGAGAAUUGUCUCCAAGUGGACUACAAAGAGUUCACAUUUGCAACGGCAAGUGAAGACAAGAAAGUCGGCAUCAGUUCCGUGUUACUUGACUUGGAGGCUUUUGUACUCAAGACUAAAGAUGCUGCUGAGUUACGAAAAGAGUUGUCUGAAUACUGCAAACAGAACGAGCUGUCGUUCCUGGUAGUGAUGACAGUGUUCAUGACACAAGACAAACAACGUCACCGCCAAUUACUUUUCUUCCAGGAAAUCGGAAAUGAAGCCAAGUGCUGUAUUAAGUUUAUUGAGAAGGAAGGCUCAUUGCAGAUGCAGCCCUUGAUGCUGCCGGAAGCGCAUCGAGAUGACCACGUAGCUGCGUUCAAUCAACGCAAUAUUGGUGCUUCCAGAAAGCAAGUCGCACCGUUGCUUCAGCGUGCACUUGCUGAGAACCUACCGUAAAGCUGAUGUAGUCGUCUAUCGGGUAUCCGCCGUAGGUUUGCAGACAUCGAUUCUUACUUAUUUGAGCAGUACAUGCCACUUCGUUUUAACUUUUUUUUACUUCCA